UCCUCCCGGAAGUUUGGCGGCCCACAACAAAGAUGGAGGACGACAUCUCGGAUGUGAGCCGACCACAGAUGUAUUUGUUCGGUUGCACCCUCAAGUCCGACAGACGCGAGUUCAAAGUUGACGUAGAGGACGAUGACACGGAGCAGCAGCUGUCACUCAAAGCGGUGUGUCUGGGAGCUGAGGCAGAGGACAAGUUCCACAUGGUGGAAGUUGAGGGCCUCACCUAUGAUGGGAAAACCACCAAAGUGCCACUGGUCGCCCUGAAGCCGUCCGUCCUGCCGUCCAUGGGUUUAGGUGGAUUUGAGAUCACUCCUCCCGUUACCUUCCGUCUCCAGUCCGGCUCUGGACCAGUUCACAUCAGCGGGCAGCACUUUGUUAGUGUGAAGGACUCAGAGGAUGAAGAAGAGGAGAACAACUCUUCGCCGGUGAAACGACCUGCGAGCCUGAUGUCGGGGAAGAAGCCUCUGUUGAAAAAACUAAAGAUGGAUUCUGAUGACGAUGAUGAAGAAGACAGUGACGAAGAUGACGAUGAUGAUGAUGAAGAUGACGACAGUGAUGACAAUGUUGUGAAGCCUCAGAAGAAACCGGGCAAAGAGCUUGAAAAGUUUUCGGCCAAGAAGCCCAACAAGACUCCGGUGAAGCUAAACGGCCCUGCAGGGAAAGCGUCGGGCUCUGCGGUCAAACCACAGAUUAAGACACCUGCCCCAGGAAAAGACAAAGCCCACGCCGGCCCGUCGAAAGCCCCGUCUCUGUCCGAAGUCAAGAACAAGUUGUCCACAGCAGCCAAGGAGGGGAAACCACUACCGAAGACGGAGCAGAAAUUUGAGAAUUUCGUCAAAAGUUCUUUUAAAAUCUCUGAUAAAAAGGUGGUCAAGGACCUCUGGAGCUUUGCACAAACGCUGAAGAUCGAGAAGAAGUAACGAACCCCCGACGCGUUUCUAUGUUUCACAUCCUGCAAGACGUUUAAAGGCACAGUCCGCGAGAUUCCCCAUCAGCUUCAUGGUGUCGUCACCGUUCACUUUGAAUUGGAGCGAACGGAAGGAACCGAUUCAUCGUUGUUUAGAUGUGAAGAACCUCCUGGAGCUCGAUUGUCGUCCCCCCCCCCCCCCCCCACAAACCCACUUGUUCAUGAUGUCCACACCGACCAAUCUGCGCCACCUACAGGAAAGGAGAGGCAUCAUCUAUAAAGACCUGUCUGUUUCUUACAGGACAGAAAUAGCUGCUACGACUUUAACACUUUCACCACCUGCAGCUUUUUAUGUAGCUGGCAUUUGGCAUCAGUGAAGUUUUAAAUGUAGGUAUUUAUAGCCGAUGACUGACGGAACAAAUUUUACUUCAUAUGCCCAAAAACUAACAUAGUUAUAUGUUUGGUUUGCAGCAGUAAUACUAGAUUUUUUAAACUACCAGGAGUUGCCACUGAUUUAAAUUUCCCCUUCUCUCCAAAUAUCAAUUUCGAACAAAUUUGACAUGACACAAAAUUUGUAUUGGAAUUUGGGGGGAAGCAGUUCAUUUCUUUACCUGCAGGUGGCGCCUCUGCAUAUCUGCAUCUUAACCCCCUCCCCCUGUCGGUGGUGCUUGUUGCAUCAAGCUGCAGGUGCAGAGUUGUUGUUUCUGCCUCGAUGAACAAUACCGGCUGAGCCUGGUUUCAGGAGCUUUGCAUCCGAGAAACUGCGUCUCCUUGUUACGUCAAUAAUGCAAUUGGAGAUAUUGCAGAAUGUGCCUUUAAAUAUCUGUGCUGUAAGCUGAUACAAGUCCGAAUCCCGUUCUGUGUGAAUCUGAGGAGUGUGUACAGGAAAGGUUGAGACAAGGGGACAAGUUUCUGUCAUCAGCCUGUGGUUAUAUAUGGUUUUAUGUUUUGUUAUUUUAGAUUCUGUCUGGAUUUACGAAGCAUAAAUCUGUCAGUGAUGUGUUUUUACAAAUUGCAAAUGAAAAGUAUACUGUAACACGCAGUAACUCAAUGUAUUUGUUAUUGGCCUAAAACCCCAAGAUAUAUUUGUCUGUCCCCCGCCAUGAUGAAGCAAAUGAAUUUAAAAAAUAUCUAAAACUAUUCACUUUAAAAAGAUGCAAACAAGAAACCCUGAGAUUGACGCGUCAAGUUCGCUACUUUCACAUAUCUCAAGUUUUAUCCGUUGAGCAAAGAAGAAAAUAAUCCAUCCUGGGAUUUUUCCUAACCUGAAUCUUCUGGAUAGUAUUAUUCUUUACCUUUUUUAUAUAUGCUAGGUUUUUACGCUUACGUUCCUGAGUGUCAUCUUAACCUGUAAACGUUACAGACCUGCUGACGCGGCAUUUCAGAGAGGUUUCCUCGCGAAUGUAAAUUUAUAUCAAGCCCAUUAACAUCCUUCAUAACCUGUGAGGGUAAUAAUUACAGUGAUUACAGCCAAAAAUCAUCUGCAGCUAAAAAAAAUGCUCAUAAGCACAGUACUCAAAGAAAUGCUCCAGAGUAUUAUGAGGCCCUAUAAACCCAACGCAGAUGUCCAGGUUUUUCUUUAAAGUUACAUUACCUUACCUUCUUUUGAAAAAAAGGCUGUUAACAAGCCCCAGGAGUUUAUUUACGAGUUGGCACCGCGGUCAUUGUUUCAAAGCGUCGUCCAAUUCAUUAAAAACAGAUAGCGAGCACAUGAUAAGCGUUAUACAUGACGACGUAAUCAUAAGGUCCAUAUCAGAAAAAUGAGAUCAGCCGCAACACGAUGCUUCGCAGGAUCCUCGUAAAGAACUCGGUAAUCGUUUGUUCUCUCGUGAGUCGGCUGUGAUGACAACGAGCAGGCGCUGUGCUUAUAAUGUGUUUAUGAUCCUCUGUAAAGCUUUUUAUGAGCCCGACGCCAGCAGGUGGAUCCACGGCCAAUCACACGACUCGGUUCAACCGCCUUGUUUGUUAGAUUUGGAAAUUCCUUAGGUGAGAAGUUGAGUACUCCGAUUAAUUAGAUGGAUUAAAGUCGCCCUGAUAAUGUAGCUUAAUCUGAGAGUUAGAUUUGAGGUGUCUGUAACGUGGUGUUUGUGGUGAGGUCUCAGUAGAAGCAGGUUGUCGGUCUGAGCAGUUAGUUUGUCUUCAUCCUUUUUUUUUAUACUUUGCUUGUAUCGAACUCAAAGAACGUUUAUUUCUUGCUUUUAUUUACAAGUAUGGCAGCUGAAGAAUUAUCCUUUCUUAUGUUUUGUUUUUGCUUAAUUCCGCCCUUUUGCUAAUAGCUGGUUCUGCAGCUUGGAUCUGUUGUGCUGGUCUUUAUUUGAAAUGUUCUGUAGUUUGUUUUGUUAUCGUUUCUUUUCAGCGUUUGGUCGUUUAGUUCAUCAUCCUUUUGAUUCUGAACUGAAUAAUUGUGAAGGCAGUUCCUAAAUAUGUUCAUGUGAAAUAAAAAAAACAAGAAGAAUGUG